CUCUCCACCAUCCUCCUCCUCUUCUUCCUCAGCAGCAGUAGCAGCAGUCGACGUGGUGUGAGUGCAGCAGCACAAGCAGAAACGACACCUGUCAUUUUAUUAGGAAACCUCACGGUGCCCAUUUAUUGUCUUGGGGAGGAGGAGGCAAGGACCUCGAGGGUCCACACAGGCGUGCCGCGUGCACACCUCAUGGCGUCUUGUGCAGAAUUUGGCGGUUGUGAGCGUUACGCGUCGGACCCUUGAUGCUAAAGUGUGUCUGGAGAGGAGGCAGUGCAUCGUAGACAACAUAUACCCACACAGGGACACGUACACAGAGAAGAAGAUCUUCAGAGGACACAAUGAGAGACUUGAUCCUGGCUGUGAUCCUCCUGCUGCCUCUGGUGAGUCCUGUGGCCUCGGAGUCGGAACACUGCAUCAUCAUGCGAGAGCAUGAGAAGUGCAUGGAGAGGAUGGCAAUGCACAGCCCUAGCGAUGAGUUGGACUUAGUGUGUCCUUGGCUGUGGGACAACCUGACCUGCUGGCAGGGGGCCAGCGUGGGCGAGGUGGUGGUGGUCAACUGUCCAGAGUUCUUCCACGACCUCAUGGGCCCAGAGGACGAGAUGGGGAAGGUGAGUCGUAACUGUACCGAGGACGGUUGGUCGGAACCGUUCCCUCACUACCUGGAUGUCUGUCUCUUCUAUGACAACACCACUAAACCUGACAUGUACUACGCCUCAGUCAAGGCGCUGUACACUGUUGGCUACAGCACGUCUCUGGUGUCUCUGACCACUGCCAUGGUCAUUCUCUGCAGGUUCAGGAAGCUCCACUGCACCCGGAACUUUAUCCACAUGAACCUGUUUGUGUCCUUCAUGCUGAGAGCCAUCUCUGUCUUCAUCAAAGAUGGCGUGCUGUACGCGCAGGAAGACAGCGACCACUGCUUUGUGCACACGGUGGCGUGUAAAGCUGUGAUGGUUUUCUUCCACUACUGUGUCAUGUCCAACUACUUCUGGCUCUUCAUCGAAGGCCUCUACCUCUUCACGCUGCUGGUGGAGACCUUCUUUCCUGAGAGGCGAUACUUCUAUUGGUACACCAUCGUCGGGUGGGGAACUCCCACUAUUUGUGUGACCGUCUGGGCUGUCCUCAGGCUCCAUUUUCAUGACACUGGAUGCUGGGAUACAAAUGAGAACACUGCCCUCUGGUGGGUGAUCAAGGGACCUGUUGUGGCCUCCAUCAUGAUCAAUUUUGUUCUCUUUAUUGGAAUCAUCAUCAUCCUGGUGCAGAAGCUUCAGUCUCCCGACAUCGGCGGCAACGAAUCCAGCAUUUACCUCAGCUGUGCUCAGAAAUGCUUCAGUGAGCCCUCACAGGCUGUUCAGCAUUCGUGCAGGAUGUCAGAGUUAUCCACCAUCACACUGCGUCUGGCUCGUUCCACCCUCCUGCUCAUCCCUCUGUUUGGAAUUCACUACACCGUCUUUGCCUUCUCCCCCGAGGACGUCAGCAAGAGGGAGCGUCUGGUCUUUGAGCUGGGACUGGGAUCCUUCCAGGGUUUUGUGGUGGCUGUCCUCUACUGCUUCCUCAAUGGAGAGUUUCUCCCUGAAGGUGCAGUCAGAGAUCAAGAGGAAAUGGCGCAGCUGGACCGUGAACCGGUACUUUGCUGUGGACCUGAAGCAGCAGAGGCACCCUUCGUUAGCCAGCAGCGGAGUGAAUGGCGGGACGCAGCUGUCCAUCUUGAGCAAGAGCAGCUCCCAGAUCCGCAUGUCCAGCCCCCUGGCGGAGAGCGCCAACAUCAGCCUGCCCACCUGAGCGUUUGAGCGUGGUGUCGCUGUGACAAGCCGCCACACAGUCUUGAAUGAUGAAUCCACGUGAGGCAGAAGAGACCGAAGUGCCCCCUCCCGCCCCACACACACACACACACACAAGUAGUGAUAGCAUUUAAUGACAGCAUUUCUUUACUUUUCCGAAUUUAACCAUCCCUUUUUAGCACUUAGAAGUCAAGUCACAUGACUCCAUUCCAUUUUGGACAAACAAGGAUUUUUUUUUUUUUUUUUUUUUUUUUUUUUACAUUUUUAAAGCCAUUUUAAUGAACUGUGAUUAUACAAUAUCAUACUACUGUAUAUAGGGGUCCUGUUUGGCUUUGUGUACAGUCACUGUGCUGCAAAGUGCCAUAGACGUCGCCUGAAUCCAAAGGUUUAAAAACACAAAAAAAUAUCAGCCUUGCUUGUACAUAUAAUGCUCAUUGUUUCAAUGUUGCAUUUACCUUUUUUCUACAAACAGCCGUAAAGUACCGAGUAUGUCAAAAGAUAGUUAGAUAUCAAAACAAAAAGCCCAACUCACAGACUCUGUAAAUAGAUUAGUUUGAUAGUCUUACAUCAUAUUAUAUCCUUUUCCAUAAAAGAAAAACAAGGAACUGGAGCCCAAACCUGCAGACCUCAUAAAGAAAGAAAGAAAGCAGGAAUAUAGACAAUAAUCUAAAUCAGGAGUGUCCAGACUUUUUCCACUACAUAAAAGUAAAGGAUACUUUUUGCGCUAAAGAUGAUAAAAACCAUCCAGUGUAGAUCAAAAAACACAUCUUAGCUUUGUGUUACAGCUGACAAAGCAAACUAGUGUAAUAUCUAAUAUGUCAUUAACAAUCCAUUCAUUUAGACAUUAUAGGAGGGUCUCGGUCUAAGUUCAGUUCCGAUGACUGCGUAAAUCGGGUUUAGUGUAUGCACUGAAGUCACUCACACAUCAAGGACAUAGAAAAAACUGUAUCUCAUAAAACUAUUAAACACAAGAAUGAAAUUAAAAAACUAAAAGGUAAUAAAAAAUAGAUAAUAAAAAGAGAACAAUUCCUGAUUUUUAGCCCUGUGGGCUAGCCCCAGCAAGCUAGCCCCAGUCUUGCACACUGGAGGGGGGACGUUGCAAGGGAGGGAGAGACAGCCUUAUUGGAAAUGAUGAGAGCACUACACUGCUUAGUCACUGUCCAUUUCAUAGGAGCAAAUUUUUUCACAUGUUCAAAGAUACCAUCUUUAUCCUUCCGGAUGGUCAGCUUGGACCGAGUCUGCAGCCAAUGUUGAUUUCUCCAUUUUGUCAGCAUUUUACUCUGUCUGAUUUCACUUUCCCUUUCUUUGACAGAAGAGUCUGCCUCAUGCUUGGGAAAGGCUUAAAAAAAAAAAAAAGUUGUCCAUCAGUGUAGCAACGCGUGACGCCUAUGUAUUCUUCCGCCGCACGCACUUAACUAGUUCUCUUUUUUGCACAGUAUUUAUUUACAGUAUGUGAGUGCAUCGUAACCACGAAACAUAACCCGAGGAUCGCCUGUAUGCCAAGGGCCGAUAAAAAACAAACGCCGAAAACGGCCCCCGACCUGCACUUCGGACACUCCUGAUGUUAGUUUCAGUGCCAAAAUUAAGGACUUUUCUAAGGAUCAGCAUACAGUCUUCUCACAGUGCCAUGCUGAUUUAACAGUUGUCGUGUUGUAGCAAAUGUCUUCAUCUGCAGCUUUAGAUUUUGUAUAAUAUCAUCCUGUCAAAGUGCCUCGUCCACCACUCAUUUUUAUUUACAUUUUUUAAAAGAAGAAGCCAUUACCCUGCAUUGAAUGUACAGUAUAGUGUUGUGCUUUUGGCUACAUAUUCUUAUCACUGAAGAGUCAUGUUGAUGGGGGGGGGUUUAUUAUUAUUACUAUUAUUAAGUGCAGCUAUCAUCUUUUUAAGAUCCGUUUUGAAGGUCAAACAUGGAAAAAACACCCACAAGCAACACAAUAGUCCACACAAAACUUGCCAUUUACUCACAAUCCCGAUCCCUCUUCAUUUUAAUGAUUGCACUAAUAAAUUUUUAUUAUGGCUUUUUUUUUUUUUAGAAACAAAUGUACAUAAAAGGAGAGGAUUCAUUGGCAACAUUUGCUCCAGCACCUAGGUACAUUCAAAUAAUUCAUGCUGUCAGUUUAGUAUGUUCAUUUGUGUUUGUUCAAAUUAUGAUUAGUAGUAGUAGUAGUAGUAGUAGUGUGUAGUGUGUAGCAAUAAUGUCAUUGUAUUAAAUUCUACCAGGGUUUUCCCAAGAUUUAACAUUUUUUAAUUUUCCAUUAAUUUCUUAGUGAAUAAUACAUGAAUCUUAACUUAAAUAAAACAGUACAUGGUGCACAAAAGCUAGAAAGACAUUUAGUUUAGGUAUUCAUAACAUUUACUCCAUCGCCGAUGCACAUUCAAAUAACUGAUCUUACAUCAGUUAGUAUUAUGUUAAUUUACAGCACUCAAAAUUUGACAAAUUUGAAUCCCAGCAAUUAUUAUUAUUUAAUAUAUAUUUGUUAUUUUAUUAUAGUCAUUAUUAUUGCAUUAUUCAUUAAUAUUUUUAAAUAGCUUUUGUUAACAUUUCUCAAGUUUUUUCCCCUUUAAUUUGUUAGUGAAAAAUGCAUAAACAGUUGUAAAAGCAUUUACAAGAUGCACAGAAAACAAACUCCAGGCUUAGAAAGACAUUUAAUUUCGAUAUUCUGUGGAAAAUGGGCUUUUUAUUUAUAAGAUUUUACGCAGCAAACCCAGUAUUACAUUCUUUUAUUUAAAAAAAAGAAGAAGAAAUUUAACUUUUCUUUGCUGGGAGUAAUAAUGAUAUGUUGUGACGUCCAUGUUGACUCAAGUUUAGUUUACCAAAUAGGCUUCAUAGCCCAUUAAAGUUUUUUUUUCCCUUAAAUCGGUGCUACGGAAAAAUAAAGUUAAUUUAAAAAAAAAACAGUAAAAAAAAACUCACUUAGCAAGAGUACAUUAGGCAAAAAUUCUCAGUUUUGAUUGUCAAACAAUGUUUAAAAAUAUAUUUAAUGUUUUGUUAAUAUUUAUUUAACGUACAAGAGUGUCAGUUAAACAUACAAAAAAACGCUGCUGCUAUUGCUUAUGUGCGCUAACACCAGCUGUCACUCUGAGUCGGAAUGAGCUCAGAUGGAAACGACCAUGUCUCAAAGCUGUUAACCGUGUGCGUGUGUGUGCGCCCACCACAAGGGGGCAGCCAUGUUGUUUUUUGUGUUUACAUUAGAGCCGUACCGUCCAUGCUAAACUAUUAUUAAUUUGCAUGUAGCCAUCCAUCUUAAUUUGUUCGUCAGCAAGCUCAUGUUAAAUUAAUUUAAAUCAUUUCCCGUACGUAUUUGUGGCCCAUAUUGUUACAGUGGAACAUUCUAGAAUCAAAAAGGCACCAUCCAACUCGCAAUGUCACUCCCUCUGAACCAGGGAGUAGCCUGCCAACUCUGGUUUCAACAUUCCAGACAUUUUUUUUAACCAUCAUAUAAGUAAUGUUUAUGAAUGUAAAUGUCACUGUGAAAUAUUUUAAAAUACCCUUUUCAUAAAUGUAAAACAUUAAGAGGGAAAUAUGUCACCUGGCUACGUAGGCUAACCUGUCAAUGACCAUAAUGUAUUAAUUAAGCAUUGUUUAUAAUAAUUAAUGAAUGCCCCAAAAGGAGACUGCAUUCAUUUAUACGAUCUGGAUUUGACAUUUAAACAGUAGGGGUUUUUUUUAUAUUCUGAGCCAUGUCUUUGAGGGGCAUCAGGAUAUUUAUGUUUCUCCCCUUUUCUUUAGUGUCAUUAUUUUUUAACGAUAACCUAAUGUACAAAGAUUAAAAAAAAAAAAAGUUUUGUUAUUGUGCCUUCUGUGAAGUCCUGACAUUUCCUUUCAGCUCUUUCAAAACAAACUGUGAACUGUUUGAGUUGUACUGUGAUGAUGUUUUUCAAGCACUUUUAGUAUUUAGCGAUCGUGUGACAUUUAGCCUCAUGUCUCCAGCUUUGACUGACCACAAGGACAUCUUUUUGUUACAAUAAUGUUCAUAUAUUUUGUAUAUGUGUCGAAAAAAGGCUGUAUUUAGACGUUUCAGGGAAUUUUCACCUCCAUGUUGAGCACGAGUCGUGCGACAGGGAGGCAGCUUGUUAGCUUAGUCUAGCAUGAUUCUCAAAACAGCAAACUAUAUUGAAAACAUUAUCAUUUUUUGUUUGUUGUGGAUAAAAGACACAAGUAAAUAAGUAAUACAGAAAAAGUAGAAUUAUUUUGUUCCUAGUUAGUUCGGCAGAGCUAGGCUAGACCGCAGGCCCUUUUACCAAGGCCCUUAAUCCCUACGAAUGCACUAGCUAGGAAGAAUAUUGAUUUUCCAAUGUGAAACUUAAAUGUAAAUACUUUUUCUGUGAUGUCCUAUCCGUCUGUUCACAUGCCUUUUUCUGUUUUUGACAAAAUUAUUGUUUAUUGCCAAUGCAUUUUUGAAUGUCGCUCAGCUGCUGCCUGCUAUCAAUCUCCAUAGUGUUCAAUUCAAUGACAUUUUACAGUAUAUUGUAUAUUCUCCAUAUACGUGGAAUCACUUGACUAACACGUGUAGUGUUACAAGCGUAUUUUGUAUGUUUCAUGGAAAUGGGAGAUGUGCAUUAGGGAGUAUAAUGUAUGCACGUGUCUAAAAUGACAAGCAUUCAUGACAAAAUAGCUAAGUAAAUGUCAAACAACAACAAAAAAAAGUCACUCGGCUUCCUGUGACGAUGUGUCGUAAAGUGAUGUCGAACAUCCAUGUUGUGUACAUUUGAAUGCUAAAUAAAUAUGUGCAAAGUA